CAGAUUGGUUAAAAACAAAUGCGUUCAGGUAACAGCAGGGAUCUGCGUGUUUCUCUACCGGCGGUGUUUCUCUCUCUCUCUCUCUCUCUCUCUCUCUCUCUCUAGGUGGGUGGAUGGAUGGAUGGAUGGGAUGACAGGAGGAUGUGUGAAAGACAGAUAAAAUGAGAGGAGGAUGUGUGCGAGGCGAGUGGACGCCAACUCGGAGCAGCUGAUGGAUGCCUCGGGUCCUGUGGCUCACGCCAUGGAGAAGGAGGAUGCGGAUGGAGAGGGAGAUGAUCUCUCACUGGAGGAGAUUUUAACGCUGUACGACCAGCCGAUCAACGAGGAGCAGGCGUGGGCGGUGUGUUAUCAGUGCUGUCGGGAUUUAUCCGGAUCGGAUCAGCCCAGGGUUGUGAGAGGACCAGGAGAUGUCAGAAUCCAUAAAGACGGCACUGUCAGGUUACAGAGAUUUCCAGGGAAAGAGCACUCGGCAUCCGCUGUGGUUACGAAUGUAAUCGAGUCUCUGGGCAUUAUGAUCUACAAAGCUCUGGACUAUGGCUUGAAGGAGCACGAGGAGAGAGAGCUCAGCCCGCCGCUCGAGCAGCUGAUCGACCUCAUGACCAACAUGACCGAACUGAACACUGACCCCUGCCCUGACGAAGGCUACGAAGCCACAGAGGAUGAGGAGGAAGAAGAGCUCAGCCAGAGCAGUGGGAUUCGCCGCUUCCGAGAUGUUCUUAAGCUGUGCACAAUGCACCUCCCGAGCCCAGCUGAUGCCCCUGAUCACUACCGGGCCGUGUGUCGUGCACUCUAUGCUGAAACCAUGGAACUGCGGACAUUUCUGGAAAAAAUUAGGAGUGCAAAAGAGAACCUGAGGAAGAUGGAAGGCAACACAACUGUUGAUUCGGCUAGAGACCUGAAUGAGCUCCAGAACGCAGACUGGGCACGGUUCUGGGUGCAGGUGAUGAGGGACUUGAGGACCGGUGUGAAGCUGAAGAAGGUGCAGGAACGACAGUAUAAUCCUCUGCCCAUUGAGUUUCAGCUCACACCCUAUGAGAUGCUCAUGGAUGACAUCCGCGCCAAACGCUACACACUGCGCAAAGUCAUGGUGAAUGGAGACAUUCCUCCUCGGUUAAAGAAGAGUGCACAUGAGGUGAUCCUGGAGUUCAUCCGAUCCAGACCUCCCCUCAAUCCUGUGGCAGCACGUAAGCUGAAGCCUCAGGUGGAACGUCCUCCGAGCCUCCAUGAAAGGAUCCUGGAGGAGAUAAAAUCGGAGAGGAAGCUCCGCCCAGUGUCACCUGACCAGAUUCGCAGGAGCAGGAUGGUAAUUCGGCCGCUUAGCAUGUCUCAGAGUUUUGACUCCUCAGACGUCUCGGCCCCUGAUGCAGCAAGGAAGGCAUCCAGUUCACUCUCGUUAGCUAAUGGCUCGUCACUCCAAUCAAAUGGCACCAGCGGCUUCCAGAGGAAGAGACUCCAUGCCCCCACUCUCUCCGAACUGGGCAGCUCAGACUCAGACGAUGAGACAGUGGGUCAAAGGUCAGCCAGCAGCUCUAGCAUCUCCACGCCGAUAGUUGAGGAUACAUCACCGGAGUCUGCGGUGGGAAAGAAGACCCCACCCAUGUUCCUGCCCAUCUCCUCCACACCGCAGCCGGAGAGGAAGCAGCCAGCACAGAGAAGACACUCCAUAGAGAAGGAGACACCCACCAACGUCCGACAGUUCGUCCCUCCGUGCAGACAGAGCUCCAGAUCCUUAGAGGAGUUCUGCUUCCCGGUGGAGUGUUUGGCCCUCACAGUGGAGGAGGUGAUGCACAUCCGGCAGGUCCUGGUCAAAGCCGAGCUGGAGAAGUUUCAGCAGUACAAAGACAUCUACAACGCUCUAAAGAAAGGAAAGCUCUGCUUCUGCUGUCGAACUAAACGGUUCUCCUUCUUCACCUGGUCUUACACCUGCCAGUUCUGCAAAAGGCCUGUGUGUUCGCAAUGCUGUAAGAAGAUUCGGUUGCCCUCUAAGCCGUACAGCAGCCUACCCAUCUACUCUCUGGGACCAUCCACUUCCACGCUGUCUCGGGACAAAUCAGAGAAGACAAGCACAAGUCAGCGCCGGCCUAGCCUUCAGCGCACCAUGAGCAGACUGUCCAAGUCAUCGCGUCAGUCUUCAACGUCGUCCUCACGUGAGGACAUUGAGCUCCCCAAGGAGCUGACUGAAGACUGGAGCACCAUGGAGGUGUGUGUAGACUGCAAGAGGUUCAUCUCAGACAUCAUCUCAUCCAGCAAGCACAGCAUUUCCCUGGCCACCAAACGCGGCCGAAUGAAGCGCAAGACACACUCAUUCAUCGCGUCCUCAGCCACAGGAUCCGAGUACCGGCCAUCUGAGAGAACCAUUCAUGAGGUCUAAAUCAUGUAUUUAAAGAAAGUUAACUUGGACUAGACCGAUAUACUUCCUAAAGUGGAGUCCUCAUGUCCCUCUGUUAUACUACAAUGUGAGCUGUUGACUGUGAAAUAUGGUGGCCAUAGAAUUCUUUUAAACAUGUAGGACUUCUUCUUAAAGAGAUUUGUGCAAGUGUACAUACAAAUAGGCAUGUGCCGAUAAUCAGUUAGAAGAUAUGCAACACAUUGUUGUUAUUGUGGACACUUCAAAAUAUCUCCACACCCCCCGAGCUCCUGAGAUAAAGUCUGUCAUGUCUGAAAACAGCAGUAGGACAGCAGUCUGACUGAGAGCCUUUAUUUUGGACACAUAUAAAUGAGAGAAGAAAGGCAGUACUAUAAUACUGUUCACUGGAAGGUUUAAAAUGGUGGACAGAACUAUCGCUUUGACUCAGGAAUACAUUUACACAAAUGUUAAUUCAUAUUUUUACCUUUAAAUAUGCAUGAUUAUUCAUGACAGGUAUGGGUAGUUGACUAAUUAAGUACUUUUUAAUGUAAUCACCAGAAAAAUACUUAUUUUACUUUAAAAUUCUGGUCCUGAUGCCUAUCAAAAGUAUUAUUGAAUAUGAGACAAAGCGAUCACACCUAAUUUAAUCUAAGGGUGCCAAUACUUUAUUAUUAAGGGGGGGGGGAAUGUAUAAAAAUGUGUGCAAAAAACGUUGUCAAGUUCACACUACAAGGUACUAUCGCUUAGUGAGGUGGUACUAGAAAAUUAUGAGCAAAUAAAUGUAUUUAAUUUAUUCAGUCAGCUGCUAUUUUAUACUUGCUGAUUUACAGUGCUGCUAAUCAACUGGGAAUGUGUCAACUGCUAAGAGUGGAGGCUAGUUAAUGACUGAGGUGAAGAAUUUAGCUAGAUAGCUAGCUAGCAAGUAACCUGGAAGUCUUUUAUUGUAGAGAAUGUAAACAGAGAGAGAAUGCAGAAACCAGACAAAGUUGUCUAGAAUAUCAACAUUUACCUCAGAUGUGUUGGUUAAUGACUAAAUAAAUGCUCCAUACAGCUAAAAUUACGCUCUAAAUACAGUUAGCGCCAACUGCUAACUGGGCUUCCAUAAUUCCGCCUUUUUGAAAAAUGGCGCCAUUGAAUGAUAAAGCUACCAGAAAACAUCCGAAGGAGUGAAUACAGGGUUGUUUGUGUGGCAUUUUCUCAUCAGUAUGGCAAACACAGUACCUUAAUCCGAAUUUAGAAAUAUAAUCAGUGAAUAAAAAGUAGAACUGUGAAGGCAUUUUUGACUCCGUUUCCAUGGCCAUGGUAUAAAACUGAUUAUGGGCACAUGUCUUGUCAUAUCCUAUGAUGUGUGUAAUGUACAACAGGAUGGACUGAAACAGUCUCCAUUUUGUCUUGUAAAUAUGUGUAUUUGCUGCAGGUGUACAGCUGUAUUUAUUUUUAUAUGAAUCGAGUGACAUGCUGUUGUUUAGCCACUGGAGUGAGAUGUUGUGAUGAUGCCAUGUUGCCAGUCCCAGUCCAAAUCCCCUUUAUUACUCUAAUCCCAGUGACAAAGUGAUGAGAUUUUACCAGUGUCAGUACUGUUCUCAACAGUUUGAUGUGAAGUGUCACUGGUAGCCAUGUUGGUUCUCUCCAUUAUCUGCUACUAAAUAUAAAGCCCUUACUUUCUUUUCAGUGGUGCAUGAUGGGUAAUGUCUACAUCCCUCCACAUUUCAGUUGUUCAGCAUACUGUAUGGAGUCCAUCAUUUGUUUGUAUUUCUCCAUGUGAACAUUGUCAAUAAUAGUAUUAAUUGAAAUAAUUGAUCAAGUUUUUCUUUCGUAUAAAGAAUGUAAUUGUGCAGGUUUCCUGUAUUUUUGUUCUUUUUCAUUUUUCUACAUAGCCUGCAAACUCUAAGCUGUUUAUUUGACUUAAAGUGGUUGACUUUCUCAAUUCCAUUAAGUUACUGUAAUCUAUUUUAUUCUACUGGACUUCAACUUAUAAUUAAUGCUUUAUAUAGUGAAUAUUUAUUUAAUACCUGCACAAAUUCCCAAAUGUCUUAAGUAAGCAGGAGACACGGCAAACUGGAGUCUCAGUUUUGAGCGACAGUGGUUCUCAAAGUCAGGGGUUCUGUAAUAAGCACAACAUAUUUAUAUUAAAAUAUCCUGGGAGAUGAUUUGCCAAAUCAAUAUUAGCCCAUUCUAAAAGCCGAAAAUGUAAUUAAAAUGAAAUCUGGUUUCUCAAAUUGAACAUAAUAAUAAUAAUAAUAAUAAUAAUAAUAAUAACAAACCCUUCUGUACCUCACCCAAUGCCUUCUUCAUUGAGCCUGAAUCAUUAGACAUUUUUACUGUGUUUACAUGUUAUCACAUUAUUCUUUUAAAAAUGAGUUUACCAAGACUUGCAAGUGUAAUAUAUCUGCAUUAUUUCACAAUACUGCAUUACAGUUUAGGCAUGUACAGAAUGUUAUGGCAAUAUUUUAGGCCUUUAGAAGUGUACAAACUCGUAUCAAAUUAUUUUUUAUUUUAUUAUUUUAUAUUAAUGAAGUAGUAUGUAGGUGUUCAUUUACAUUUAUGGCUUUUUGCAGACGCCCUCAUCCAGAGCAACUUACAGAACUGCUUUGAAAUCUCUAUCAAUAAAUACAUCCUGAUACUGGUUUGCUAGGUCACGGACUAAGAGUAAUAACAGUCUAAUUUUUUUUUUUUCAGCCAGUGAUAUGAGAACAUUAAUGAUGCCUGGUUGCUCAUUUGAGAAAUCAUUUUUGAAAUGAAUGAAUUCCAGUGGCACAAUUUUUUUUUUCCCAAAGAAAUGUUUCUUGCAUUUAAUCUACAUAAGCUGUAUUUUUUUGCCUUAUAAUUUUUGCCUUCUCUGUUCCAUAAAGCUAGUGAUGGUUCACAGAUUCCCUAAAAACAAAAUGCACAGCUCCUUGAGUACUACAGCAACUGAAGCUAAGCACAACACUACUAAAACGCACCAGAGUCCUUAGACAUGAUAUGCUGUUUCUGCAAGCCCUGUAAGGACUGGCUCACCAGGAGGUUGUGAGUUCAUAUCGCAGAACUGAGAGGCACUAUAUGGACCUGUGAGCAAGACCCUCAUCAUUUAAACAGCCAUUUCUGCCAGAUGGCAUCUGAGACAGAACCACACAAAUUUCAGUGUCCGGUGUUACGGGUUUAGGAGCACACAACUAUGAAGGACUAUGAUGGACUUUCCUCAUGCCUCAAGAUUUUGAAAAAAGACUUAUGGAACUUGGCUGAAUCUGUAACUUCGUACAAAUGACAACUGGAAAUUGCAUGUACAUCUGUGCUUGUGCAUUGGAUCUGUGACUGUGAUCAUUUUUGUUUCCCAAAAUCUGGCUGAUCAUAAUAAACAAAUGCAAUACCUUCAAA